CUCCGUCUCAUCGAACACAAAUAUACUUCAACCAAGAUAUGGCCAUAUAAAUAUACACUCUCGCAAUGCGGAAGUUGAUAUGGAUGCCUUGGAGUUCUAUAGUACUCUAGAUGAUGUUCAUCAAUAUUAAAUUCCCUACCUAAAUCUUCAUUUAGAUCUCUUGUAAGGCUAGGUUUCAAGAUGCCAUGGUCCGAAAUCUCACCCGGACAUUGGCAGAGGCCAAUAGGAGAAAAUGAAGCAAUGAUUAAAUGGAUUGGUGACAGGGCACAUCCGACCGGGCGAGAACAUUGGUCGGUUAGAGCUAUUGGUGGCUUCGACCUAUCCGGCUCACUGGAUGAUGUCGACAUCUCCUCAAGAUUACGCAAGGCCUGGAUGCUUUUCCGAUUCCAACAUCCCAGCAUAGCAUCGACAGCUAGCACCAAUAGUUUGGAUUAUAUCGUCCCAGAUGCUGAGGCCCUUGAGCGAUGGACAGAUGAGACAUUGCAUGUUAUCUCGGAGCCCGGCAUAACCGCCGACGACUUAGUCGCAAACUUGAAGCCUUCCCCCUACGUCACAGGCUACUUCAUCGCGCAUCCCAAGCAGUUCAUCCUGCAUACUGCACAUUGGCGCACGGAUGGUCCCGGUAUACUCCAGCUUCUCAAUGCGUUCUUCGAGGCGUUCGUAUCGGAGCUAGACCCCGCUACUGUACCUUGGGGCAAUGAGCCUGUCCGCCUUGCACCUAGCGUCGAAGAGGUUCUUGAACUCCCGCAAGAGCCGACUCCCGAGAUCCAAGCAGCAACAGCGGAAUGUCUCAAGAGUGGUGCUCUUGUCGCCGGUUCUAUCGGCUUACCCUACCACAAUGACGCUUCUAUCAAGCCCCAAGGAACACGCGGUGUUCGACGCACCCUGUCAAAAUCUAUAACGGACUCCGUGCUAGACGCUUGCAAAGCACGUAAUCUUACACCCUUAUCCGCAGCUCAUGCAUCUCUCGCUGCGGCAAACUUCGUCGGAUGCACCUCAUCGCCAUCUGAGAUGGGUCAUUACACGAGUAAUAUGCGCUUCAGUCUGCGCCCGUAUCUUAAGGAACCAUUCAACUCUGCACAAUACGCCUCAGCGCUGUAUACAGGUAGUUACAUGGCUAAAGUACCACCAAAUAACUCAUGGCUAGAGAACGCAGAACAGUACAAUACGAUGUACAAUGCUGGCCUGAACCAUGAGUUCCUCAUAGCACGCAGACAGUUCGCAACCCAGAUCUUGGCGUUUUUGAAACGUGCUGGGGAGUUAGGACCGCCAAGAAGUGAGAUCGAUAUAUCUAGCGUAGAUGAUGCCGAGAAGUUAGUUCAAAGGAUUCAUCGCAGUGGGACACAGGGUGGAGGUUCGCUAAAAGUUAAGGACAUCAGUCUAGGUAUUGAAUGUUUGGCGAAGGAGAGCUAUCUGUUUUUCUGGACAUUCGCAGGUAAAAUCGAGCUCAAUUUGAUUUUUAAUGAAGCGUUCUACGAUAGGGAUUUCAUGGAAAGGAUUAUGGAAGAGAUAGAGAGGUCGUUGAAGAGGGAAUUGGAGGUUGAGAAUGUCUAAGACAUCUGCAUUGAUCGUGGAUCAUGUAAAUCGAGGAUUGAAUGCAUCAUUGAUUAACACCUGUCUAGGUACACUAGGUACCUACUCAGUUGACUUCUGCUAUAGCGGGUACCUAUAACUUCCUGGGGAGUGAACGAU